CUCCAUUAAGAACCUCAUCGGAAGGUCUGUCCUUUGCAGUUCCUACAGGAGUCGCAACUGAGAGUGCCGUGGAUAGAGAAAGCUCGAGAGAGAUUUUCCAAGCCCGGCGGAGGUGAUGGACUAUUCCUACGACCAGGACCUGGACGAGCUGUGUCCCGUCUGCGGGGACAAGGUCUCCGGCUAUCAUUACGGGCUGCUCACCUGCGAGAGCUGCAAGGGCUUCUUCAAGAGGACUGUGCAGAACAACAAGCAUUACACCUGUACUGAGACGCAGAACUGCAAGAUCGACAAGACGCAGCGCAAGAGGUGCCCCUACUGCCGCUUCCAGAAGUGCCUGACUGUGGGGAUGAGACUUGAAGCCGUGCGCGCCGACCGCAUGCGAGGCGGACGGAACAAGUUCGGGCCCAUGUACAAGCGGGACCGCGCCCUGAAGCAGCAGAAGAAGGCGCUGAUCCGGGCCAACGGCUUCAAGCUGGAGACCGCCUCCUCGCAGAUCGUGUCGCCGGUGCAGGCGGACUACGGCCUCCCCGCCGCCCUGCACGGCGUGGCCCACCCGCCCUCCAAAGGCCUGCAGCCCACCGCCAUGACGCCCGUCGACUACGAGCGCAGCCCCUACGGGACCCCCGCCGUGGGCGGCCCGCUGCCGGGCCACGCGUCGCUCUCGGCCUACCACUACCCGCCCUUCCCCAGCCGGGCUAUCAAGUCCGAGUACCCGGACCACUACGCGCACCCGCACGAGGCCGCCCCGGCCUACGCCUACCCGGAGGCCUACCCCAGCAGCUCGCCCGCGGCGCCCGACGUGCCCGAGGUGAUGGUGAAGCUGCUGCAGCUCGAGCCGGACGAGGCGCAGGUCAAGGGCCGCAUCCUGGCCUGCCUGCAGCAGGAGCAGGCCAAGGGCCGCCACGACAAGCUCAGCCCCUUCGGCCUCCUGUGCAAGAUGGCCGACCAGACCCUCUUCGCCAUCGUCGAGUGGGCCCGCAGCUGCCUCUUCUUCAAAGAGCUGGAGGUGGGAGACCAGAUGAAGCUGCUGCAGAACUGCUGGAGUGAGCUGCUGGUUUUCGACCACAUCUUUCGGCAGGUGCAGUACGGGAAGGAGCACAGCAUGCUGCUGGUGACGGGCCAGGAGAUGGACAUGUCCACAGUCACUACACAGGCAGGGUCUAUCCUGAACAACCUGGUGCUGAGGGCUCAGGAACUAGCACUGCACUUGCAUUCCCUCCAAGUAGACAGGCACGAGUUCGUCUGCUUGAAGUUCCUAAUUCUCUUCAGUCUUGAUGUAAAGUACCUGGAGAAUUCCAGCCUAGCAAAAGAUGCCCAGGAGAAAGCAAAUGCAGCACUGCUCGAGUACACCAUCUGCCACUAUCCUCAUGCCACGGACAAAUUCCGGCAGUUGCUUGUCCGGCUAGCUGACAUCCGCUCUCUCAGCAUGCAGGCCGAGGAGUACCUCUAUCACAAGCACCUGAGCGGGGAGGUGCCUUGUAACAACCUUCUGAUUGAAAUGCUGCAUGCCAAACGGACUUGAGUGCAACCGACCAAUCCCCCCUCCUUUCGUGGGAAGAGACUCUGGUGAAGGAAAUGCCGGGGCAGAGUGGGAAGGGCGGUCGGGUGAACGUCUCCUGACCUGACGGCCAUUCUCGUCAGUAGUGCUGUUUAAACCAAGCCAGUGAAAUGCUCUAGGCAGCUUAAUGUGAAUAUACAGUAUCUGUGGGAGUUUAUGACUCUGAAAACUGUAGUUCUUCUGCAUUCGGUGUGGUCUGCCCUGAGUUUUAGGGGUUUUGUUCCUUUUCUGUCCUCAAGAGGCACUGGAGGGUAUCGUAUCUGAGAUCUGAGGCUUACCAAUGUGCUGCAGCACUGAGGGCAGUUUAGAGGCUGAAACUGGUAAGGAAUA